AUGCAAGAAAUCACAGACUAUGCUGAUCCCUCCAGGACUGUAAUGCUUCAGGCCUUCAAUUGGGAAAGUCACCAGGCAGGCAGAGGAGACUGGUACAGCAUAGUGGCAUCCAAGAUACCAAUGUUCAAAGACAUGGGCAUCACAGACCUUUGGUUGCCACCCUGCUCACAGUCGGUUGCACCACAGGGCUACCUCCCAUCUCAGCUGUUUAACGUCGAUGGCUCCAAGUACGGCAACAAGGCUUCGCUCCAAAGCUUGCUUUCAAAGUUGCACAAGGCGAACAUGCGAGGAGUAGCCGACAUUGUCAUCAAUCACCGGUGUGGUGACAAGCAGGACUCGGACGGACGAUGGAAUGUCUUCACCAGCACUGGCAUGGAGCACCGCCCGAGCUUUGCAGGGGUUAUGGACUGGCAGGGAUGGGCCAUCACGUUGGGAGACAAGUUCUCGGAUGGCACAGGCGAGCGAGGACCGGGCAAGUACGAUGGGAAGUUCGAUGCAGCGCCGGAUAUUGACCACGGGAACAAGAAGGUGCAGCAAAGCAUCCAGGUUUGGCUUCGAUGGCUUCGCCUCGAGCUCGGCUUCGAUGCCUGGCGCUUCGACUUUGUAAAAGGCUACUCGGCAGAGUUCGUGGGCUUGUACUGCAAGAAAUCUGAGCCUGCAUGGGCCGUUGGCGAGCUAUGGUUGGACAUGGCAUACGACGACAACGGCCUGGCAUACAACCAGGAUCGCCAUCGCCAGGACACCAUCAACUGGAUCAACGCGACCGGCAAAGCCAGUACAGCCUUCGACUUCACCACAAAAGGUGUUCUGCAGGAGGCCGUCCGAAACUGCCAGUACUGGCGGCUGAAGGACCCAAAGGGCAAGCCUCCGGGAGUCAUCGGCUGGAUGCCGACUCAUGCCGUCACUUUCCUGGACAACCACGACACAGGCAGCACCCAGGCACAUUGGCCCUUCCCCAACGACAAGAUCAUGAUCGGAUACGCAUACAUCCUCACCCAUCCAGGAAUUCCAUGUGUUUUCUGGGAUCAUGUUUGUGAUUGGGGCGACAAUGUCCGCAACGACAUUCAUAAGCUUCUCCGGUUGCGCAUUGAGUCUGGCAUGAAAGUGGAUUUCCCGGUCAAAAUAUUGCAGGCCGACCAUGACCUGUACAUUGCAGAGAUUGGUGCUCCAGCUGUACUCAGAGUUGCUUUGGGGCCUCGUGUCGCACCAGCCUAUGAUCGAAACUACUGGCAAAAGGGUGCAUCUGGUCACGGGUGGUGCGUGUGGAUCAGCAAAGCAGCCAAGGCGAAGUACGAGGAGGCCAGGUCUGGCGAUCCCCAGACGCAGCCAGCGCAGCCGCAGCCGGCUUCGACCGGAACAAGUCCCGAGCGUAGCCCGGUGAAGAAGGCCAGCGCGAACUCCGCCACCGCCGCUCCACAAACCUUCGAGCCGGCAUCCCGAAUCGUGGAGCCUGAGCUGCCAGAGCAACCGGCGAUAGAGCGAGUGCCGAGCAUGGACAUUUGCUUGAAGCUCCGUUUGCCCAAGCACCUGGAGAAGGCCAACACUCGGGUUGUAGUCUGUGGCGAGGUUCCCAGCCUCGGCUCCUGGACGCCUGCAUCCGGAGCCCCGAUGCAGAAGCAUGAGGAUCUCUGGGUCCUGGGCGAGAUGCCGCAUGGUGUCGGUGCAGGAACGCUCUUCAAGUUUGUUAUCAUGGAGAAGGGCCAGCAGCCUAAGUGGGAAGGACGUGCCAACAGGAACUGGAGAGAGGCGGAGGCCCCUGUCCUUACCCACAUUUGGGACAGCUCCCAGAGCGAGCGGCCAAAGAAGCCUCCUGGACAAGGAAAGAAGCUGAAUACCAUGACUGCGACUGGGAAAACAGCUGAUUUCAUCCAACGCAUUGCCCAGGAGAAUUGCGACAGGUCUAGCUAUCGAUUAAAGCUGGAGCUGCCCCGCAUACUGAUGGAGGAGGACCAGCUGAACUCAUUGAUUGAGUUGGCUUGUUUGCAAGCCUAUUUGACGUGGAUAUCCAGUGGCCAGAUCUCCUGCAAAGAAGACGGAGGCCAUCAUAGGCCCUGUGCUGCUGCCAACUCUGCCAAGGCUGUCACAGAGGCUUUGUGGGAUUUGGCUGCCAAUGGAGAUGCCGAGCUUUUCAUUGCUCGCCGCAUCUUCCCUUGUUUACCAUCCUUCUCUGACGAAUUUACCUGUGCUGUGCCCAUGACUCGAAUUCGAGAUAUUGCGCACCGAAACGACAUCCCAAAGGACAUGAAGCUCUACAUCAAGCACGAGCUCCAGAACAAGCUUCACCGCUGCGCGGAUCCUGGGGACUUGGUGAAGCUGGACCAGCUGGUGGAGCGUAUUGACCGCGAGGGUGGCUACUCCGAGGGAUUCGUCCGGGAAAUGCACAUCUUUCAAGUUGAGCUAAAAGACUUCUUCAAUGCCACAGGAUUGGACGAUUCGGCUCGAAAGAUUGCCCAGGAGGAUGGCAGCGUCAGGGGUGCGGUGGAUCACCUCCUGCACUUGAAGCACUCGAAUGCAGAUCCUUUCCACCAGCUCGGUGCCUUGACGGAGCUUCGCAAGAUGGUCGUAAACAGAGUAGCUGAACAGAACUGGAUGAGACUAGACAUUGAGCUGGAGAAGUAUGCAUUCGUGCUCUUGAGCCAAGUGGCCGGACAGUUGGAGCACGAGAGUCGGGGCUCUCGCUCAUGGUGGGAACGUCUCUCGAGGUCUUUGGUCUCAGCCUUGGCCCAGACCCAGCUGACGGGCAUCUCUCAGAAGGAGUGCGAAAUCGCUAUCCAAGAGACAGAAGCUGUGUCGCCACAUAUCUCCGAUGGCUCUAAGGGCCCCUUCCUUCCUCAGAGGCUGGUGGCGACCAUGGACCGUACUCUGCGGAUUUGUUUCAACCUACAAGCAUCUCUUGAGCAAGCAUAUUCCGGCGUGCCAGAUUUGGGCAGGGCGCUCAACAUCGACUCACACGCCAUCUCUGUCUUCGUUGAGGCCGAGCUUCGCGCAUCCGUCCUUUUUCAAGUCUCGAAGCUCGCACAACUGGCCAUGCAGCAAGCGAAAGCCUGUGCGGGGCUUCCACUGUGGACAGCCAUCUCGGCUGGAGCUUGUGUGGGCCGCUGCCUACGUCUCAGGGCAUUGGCCGAGACAUGGAAUCAGACCCUCCCAAAGGAAGGUACUGUAGUGUUCUGUGAAGAAGCCAGCGGUGACGAGGAGAUCCCUAAUCUUGUUAAAGGCGUUGUCGUCGCCCGUGACCUUCCCGUGCUGAGCCACCUCGCGCUGCGUGCCCGUCAACUUGGGGUGGUCUUUGCCUGCACCGCCGAGUCUGGGCUCUUCCAGAAAGUCCAGGGAGCAGCGCAACCAGGCAGAGCUGUGCGGCUCUCCGUCAGUGCUUCUGGCGACGUGCAUGCAGAAGGAGUUGGCGACGCGGAGCUCACCGUCAGCGAGAGCAAGCCGACAGCCGUGAAGAAGCCUAAGCUCGGCGAACUGAACCUGGUGAGUGACAAGGUCUUCGAGGUCGUAGAGAUUGCGGACCAGCCACAGUUCGCAGGCAGCAAAGCCGCCUCUUCAGGUAAGCUUGAGAAGCUUGCCAUGGAGCUUGGUUUCAAGGCCCCGAAGGGUGUCGCGAUACCUUUCGGCGUCAUGAAGAAGGCGGUGCAAGGAGCAGUCUUCGAAUCUGCUCUUCAACAGCUGCAGUCCAAACUGGGAAGCAACUCUCCCGACAUUGAAGCAGCAGCCCUUGCUGUACGGGCUGCCGUGGAGAAGCUGUCAGUACCUGGGAAUGUUCUGAAGGAGAUUGCAGCCAAGCUGCCGAAGGCCGAGCGCGUUGCAGUUCGAUCGUCCGCGAACAGCGAGGAUUUGGAGAAGGUCUCCGGGGCCGGGCUGCACGACUCCGUCUUAGGAGUGGCCUUGAAGGAUCAGACCAAGCUCCAGAACGCCAUUCUUCAGGUCUGGAGCAGCAUGUUCACAUUGCGGGCCGUCCAGAGCCGACAUGCUGCCGGAAUGCCACUCUACGAGGGCAUCGCAAUGGGCGUCCUGGUGCAGCCCAUGGUCUCCUUGGCGGGGAGUGUCUACGCCUUCAUCGCCUUCUCCAAGGACGCGGUGGCACGGAAUGACAAGGCGGUGUACAUCGAGCUGUGCGUCGGCCUGGGGGAGACGCUAGCAUCGGCCAACGAGCCGGGAACUCCUUACCGCUUGAUUGUGCAGAAGCAGCCGCCUCACGAAGUGGAAGUUGCGUCCUUGGGAAGCUUUUCUUUCGGCCUCCAGGACAUGCCAGAUGGUCUCAAGAAGGUCCCGAUCGACUAUUCCCAGGAGAGACUUAGCACGGAUCGGGACUACCUUGUGCAGAUGGCCCGCGACAUCGGCAAGGUUGCUGUUGGCAUUGAGAAAGGGUAUGGUGUCCCUAUGGACAUGGAAGGCGUCGUCCUUGAGCGAGGUGGAUCGAGGGAAAUUCACUUGGUCGUGUCAAUCCUGAUCAUUUCCGAGCUGGUCAAGUGGGUCCUUCCCCUCAGUGGGGAUGUCAUCCGGUAA